AAGUAAUAAAUGCUUUCCCAAAGGUUCACACUUUGCCCGCUUCACUAGCUUCUGCGUUCUACAGAGAGAGAGAGAGAUGGGAAUCCGGGACUACAUAAAUUCAAGUGCCGAUUUAGUGAAUCGGCGUGCGUUAACACCUGCAAAGAACAUAUGCUGGACCUCUUAUUCUUACGCCCGUGCUGCCGUUACCAGAAUAGACACCGCCGCCAGAGUUAACGCCAUCCCCGAGUUAAACCGGCGAUUACAGGACGAAGAAACCUGGUCCAUGAUGAGCCAUCUCACCAUCAACUGUGCCAAAAACGCUGCUAUUUUUGCAAUUCGCGAAGGUGUCAAGACUGUCCCUGGUGGAGCGCCAGUUUAUGAAAUUGUUUCAAAAUCAAUUGGAAAUAACGGAGUGGUGGGGGGUUCCAAAGAGAAGACAAACAAAUUGGAAGCUGAGGUUGAGGUACUGAAAAAAGAAAUCAGUGAAUUGAAAAGAUUGAGCAACCAAUAUGAGGCAGAUGAUUAUAUGAAUGGUUGUGGAUCCACAGCUAGAGUGGAUUGUUUUGAACAGCCAAAAGUAGUGAAUAAAACCUUACAAGGUGCAGUGGUCAGAUGUUUUAUGAAUAGACAACAACCAGACAGUGCGAUCCGGCGUUUCAUGAUGGAGGGAUUUGCUCAUGUGUUAGAAUACGAGGUUAAGUCUGAGAAUUAACAACCUCAUAAGUGAUAAGAGGGAGUUGAGUCUUGUGGCGUGUUUAGUAUAUUAAUUAAGUAUUAUGAGUGUUUUUAUUAUUAACUUGAUCACCACUCUCUUUUUUUCAUCUGAAUUAAGAAAUAUUCGGUGCUCUGAGAUAUGAAAUGGUUGGGACUGUUCAUUUCUGCA